AUGCUACCCAAAGAUGAUCACCAAUACACAGGGAUUGUCAAGUUGCUCCUGCAUUUCAGAUGGACGUGGAUCAGUCUCUUUGCUCCAGACAAUGACAAUGGAGAAAGGUUCCUGAGGUCCUUGACCCCUAUGCUCACCUCAAAUGGGAUUUGUGUUGCCGUCUCAUACAGAAUCCCAGAAAUGACUCAGUAUGAAGUGAAAAUUCAGGUUGAUUCAUUUCUCACAUGGAAAAAAGUCAGUUUAUUUGUUCAUUAUGCAGAGACUCGUUCUUUCUUCAGUGGAAUAUUCUUUGUAAAUCAAAUACUCACAUUGUGGCUACAGUCUACUGAGGGCAAAGUCUGGAUCACAACAGCUUUGUGGGACAUCACCCCAAUGUUGUCUGACUGGAAGUUACAUUUCCAGCACCGCCACUGGUUUUUUUCCUUCUUAAUUCAGACAGAGAUUGCCCUAAAACAUGACCAUUUUGACUUCAGUCGCUUACUUCCUUACUGGAGGGAAGUGUUUGAUUGUUUCUUUUCAAAGCACAUGUUGUCUGCAAAAGAACGUCGGAGAUGUGAACAAAAAGGGGAAUUGCCCCUGGAUGUCCUCAAGCAGAGUCUUUCUCCAGACAACUACAACAUCUACAGCAGUGUGUAUGCUGUGGCACAUGCCUCAAAUGCUGCUUACUCAUCCAGAUCCAAGCAGGUGGCAAUGAUGGGUGGAGGAGAUGGGCAGAGGCUACAGAGGCUACAGCCAUGGCAGACCUUGCCACAGUCACAGUGCACCAAAAGCUGUCACCCAGGAUACGUCAGAGUGAUUCAGGAAGGAAAGCCAUUGUGCUGCUAUGCUUGUGCACCAUGUGCGGAAGGGACAUUCUCCACUCGGGAAGAUGCAGACCAUUGCAACAAAUGUCCAGAAGAUGAGCAUCCGAGCAAGGACCAAGAUCAAUGUGUCCCCAAGAUUAUCACGUUCCUAGCCUAUGAAGACACACUGGGGAUCCUCUUGGUUUCCAUUGCCCUCCUCUUAUUUUUAAUCACAAGCUUUCUCUUAGGAAUCUUCAUUAGAUUCCUGGAAACUCCCAUUGUCAAAGCCAACAAUCGGGAUCUCUCCUACAUCCUCCUUGUCUCUCUCUUGCUCUCCUUUUUGUCCUCCUUCCUCUUCAUUGGCUGGCCAAGGAAGCUGACCUGCCUUCUCCGACAAACAGCCUUCAGCAUCAUCUUCUCAUUUGCUGUGUCUUCUCUACUGGCUAAAACCAUCACUGUGGUGCUGGCCUUCUUGGCCACAAAACCAGGAAACAAAGUGAGGAGAUGGCUGGGGAAGACUCUGGCCAACUCCAUUGUCGUUUCCUGCUCCAGUGUCCAAGUUGUGAUCUGCACCAUCUGGCUGGCCAUCUCUCCCCCUUUCCCGGAGUCUGACAUGCAGUCUCAGCCUGGACAGAUCAUCCUGCAAUGCAACGAAGGGUCUAUUGCCAUGUUUUAUGGUUCCCUCGGCUACAUGGGCUUCCUGGCUGCCAUCUGCUUCACGGUGGCUUUCCUAGCCAGGAAUCUGCCUGGGGCCUUCAAUGAAGCCAAGUUGAUCACCUUCAGCAUGCUGGUCUUCUGCAGUGUUUGGGUGUCCUUUGUUCCCACCUACCUGAGCACCAAGGGGAAGUACAUGGUGGCUGUGCAGGUCUUCUCCAUCUUGGCCUCCAGUGCUGGGCUUCUGGGCUGCAUCUUCCUUCCCAAGUGCUACAUUAUCAUAUUGAGGCCUGAUCUGAAUACAAAGGAGCACCUGACAACAAAAACUAAAGACAGCACUUGA